AUGUCUGCAUUAUCAAAAUACAAUAAGACUUUGGAGUUGUAAAGCAUAGUGGAAGAUAAAUUAAUUAAUAUUUUUUCUUCAGAGGAAGUUUUUACAAAAAUAAUAAACCUUUUCCUCGGUAGAUUGAAAAAAAAAGAUGAUAAAAAAUUGGCUGUCGACUACCUUAUUUCCAAAUUUCCAAACAAUAAUAGCCUGAAUAGUCUGAGGGCAGGAGCGUUUACUAGGUUUUGGAAUACAUUAAGAGUAGAUGAUUAUGGAUUAACAGAGAAUAUGAGAAUUAAUUUGUAGUAUGAUAGAAUGCAUAAUGUAAUUUAAAAUAAAGAUUGGAGAAGUCUUCAUUAACUUUUAGAAGAAUAAGACUUUUUUGAAAUUUGUAGAUUUCCAACGUCUUUAAGAACUAAUAAACAUAUAUUUGAAAAACUUCAACAUCAUGGUAUUAGAAUUGUUGAAUUAAUGUUGCAAUGUAGAAAUACUUCAUUUUAAUUAAAUUCUAUUAUUUUGAAAAAUUUGAUAUUUUUUUUUUUUCUACCUAAAGAAUUAGAGAUAAGCAACUAAGAAAAAACCGGACUAUAUCAAAUAUUAGGAGAAAUAUUAUGUAAUAGUUGGAUUUAAUUUGAAUAUCAUCAUCACUAGUUGUUAUAGAAAAAUUAAGACUAACUUCAGUUAAAAAAUCUAAAAGACAUAUUAAUUUUGGUGUAGAAAGAUUCAAAAAUGUUAUAUGAAUCAAUAAUUCAAUUAGUGAAUAAAUUACUAAAUUAUGAUACUACAAGUAAUUUAAAUUAUGUGAUUGUUGAGAAUUUGAUAGAAAAAUUAUUACCAAUAAAUUUUGAUCUUUAAAUUACUUUUUAUUUGAUGUGCUUCUAUUGUUUAAUUAGCUUUGACAAUCAUUUUAGAAAAAUUUUGGCCUAAAAAAAUAGAGUAUAAAAGUAUACAUUACUUAAUUAAUACAUUUAAUGCAGAGUGAGUUAAAAUAAUCAACUUAAUAAGGAGCUAAUCAAUUAAGUCCAGUCGUAUAACAAAAAUUAAUGUAUCAAAAAAGAAGAAUUGGAUAAAUGGAAAAUUUGGUCUAUCAGAGAAUUGAUAGAAUAUGUUAUUGAAGAAAACUUUUAUAAUGUGAUUAAAAAAUUGCAUGUUAUAAACUUGAAUUCAUAGGCAUAUUCAUAAUAAAAUCCAAAAUUUUUUAAUUUGCUGACAAAUAUAAGUGCCGAAAAGAUACGUAAAGUAGCAAAACUAUUAGAAAUUCUUAUUAAAGAGGAUAGUUUAAUUAAAGUUGUUUUGAUAUUAGAAUAAUAAAAAUAAAAUUACCUUCCUCAAGAAUUAGAAAGUAUUCUUAGAAUAGUAUUAGAAAACUCAUAUUAAAGCAUCAUUAAUUUUUAACUACUUUAUUCUGUUUUAUCAUAAGAUAUGAGUCAAACUGAGAAGGAAAAUAUUAUAAAGGUGGCUGAAUAUGAUGAAAAUUUACCAAUUGAAUAGAAAAUUUAAAUGCUCUCCAAUUUUUCUUCUGAUCAGUUGNGGAAUACAUUAAGAGUAGAUGAUUAUGGAUUAACAGAGAAUAUGAGAAUUAAUUUGUAGUAUGAUAGAAUGCAUAAUGUAAUUUAAAAUAAAGAUUGGAGAAGUCUUCAUUAACUUUUAGAAGAAUAAGACUUUUUUGAAAUUUGUAGAUUUCCAACGUCUUUAAGAACUAAUAAACAUAUAUUUGAAAAACUUCAACAUCAUGGUAUUAGAAUUGUUGAAUUAAUGUUGCAAUGUAGAAAUACUUCAUUUUAAUUAAAUUCUAUUAUUUUGAAAAAUUUGAUAUUUUUUUUUUUUCUACCUAAAGAAUUAGAGAUAAGCAACUAAGAAAAAACCGGACUAUAUCAAAUAUUAGGAGAAAUAUUAUGUAAUAGUUGGAUUUAAUUUGAAUAUCAUCAUCACUAGUUGUUAUAGAAAAAUUAAGACUAACUUCAGUUAAAAAAUCUAAAAGACAUAUUAAUUUUGGUGUAGAAAGAUUCAAAAAUGUUAUAUGAAUCAAUAAUUCAAUUAGUGAAUAAAUUACUAAAUUAUGAUACUACAAGUAAUUUAAAUUAUGUGAUUGUUGAGAAUUUGAUAGAAAAAUUAUUACCAAUAAAUUUUGAUCUUUAAAUUACUUUUUAUUUGAUGUGCUUCUAUUGUUUAAUUAGCUUUGACAAUCAUUUUAGAAAAAUUUUGGCCUAAAAAAAUAGAGUAUAAAAGUAUACAUUACUUAAUUAAUACAUUUAAUGCAGAGUGAGUUAAAAUAAUCAACUUAAUAAGGAGCUAAUCAAUUAAGUCCAGUCGUAUAACAAAAAUUAAUGUAUCAAAAAAGAAGAAUUGGAUAAAUGGAAAAUUUGGUCUAUCAGAGAAUUGAUAGAAUAUGUUAUUGAAGAAAACUUUUAUAAUGUGAUUAAAAAAUUGCAUGUUAUAAACUUGAAUUCAUAGGCAUAUUCAUAAUAAAAUCCAAAAUUUUUUAAUUUGCUGACAAAUAUAAGUGCCGAAAAGAUACGUAAAGUAGCAAAACUAUUAGAAAUUCUUAUUAAAGAGGAUAGUUUAAUUAAAGUUGUUUUGAUAUUAGAAUAAUAAAAAUAAAAUUACCUUCCUCAAGAAUUAGAAAGUAUUCUUAGAAUAGUAUUAGAAAACUCAUAUUAAAGCAUCAUUAAUUUUUAACUACUUUAUUCUGUUUUAUCAUAAGAUAUGAGUCAAACUGAGAAGGAAAAUAUUAUAAAGGUGGCUGAAUAUGAUGAAAAUUUACCAAUUGAAUAGAAAAUUUAAAUGCUCUCCAAUUUUUCUUCUGAUCAGUUGAAAUUGGUUUUUAAUCAAAAUGUACUCAUUAAUACUUUAAUUGAAUCAUAUUUAACAAAUUUAACUAAAAAUCAUUCUUAACUCCUUGAAGUCUUAAGAAGAUUGUUUUAAAUAAACUAACAGCUAGAACAGUAGAAUUAACAUACCAAACUAUUCUCUCCACUUUGCAAAUAUUUAUAAAUUGAUUAAAUCCAUCUAUUAAUAUAUCAAAAUAGAUUAGUUUAGAUUUCUUUAGAUGAUUAUAAGAUAACUAUUAGUCUAUUAUAUAAGGUGUUCAGCAAAUUAUAAGGAUAAAAUCAGUAGGAAGAUUUCAAAAUGGCCUUAGAAAGUACUUCAAUAUUUCCAUCAAUCUAUUGUUUCAAUCAUUUUCUUUAUUUAUUUUUAAGUCAUCGUAGUUUGGAAUAAAUAACAAAUAUUUUUACAUUAGUUUAUUAUUGGUAGAAAUAAUUAAUAUAACAAUUACAGGUUAGUGCUGAAUUAUUUUGUAAAUAAGAUCCUAAUACUUAUAGCGAACAAUUUUCAAAAAUUAACUAUUUUGACAUAAAUUCAUUAGAAGUAACAAAACUACAAUAAAAAAUAAUGAGUGAUAUUUAUCCAAGGUCUCUAAAUAUCUCCUUGGAAGAUUUUAACAUUUCGUUGACUUUAUUGAAUAGAUAGUAAUAGGAAGAAUUUGUGCAGAAUUGGAUUCAAAAAGUUAAAGACCCUGAAGCUUUUAAAUAAUUAAUACCAUUCUUCUUUAAUAUUAUAAAAAGAGGAGAACCAUCAUCUGAAUUCUUAACCAUUAUUAAUAAAUAAAUAAUAAAAUAAGAAGAAUUAAGAACUAAAUAUGGUUGUUUUAAUUAAAAAUCCAUAUUUUAAAUAUUUUAUAAUAAUGCGGAUGAUGAAUUAAAAGUUAUGCUUCUAAAACUUAUAAGUAAACAAUACCCGAUUCCAUUACUAUACAGAACUUCUUACUUUACAAAAGAUGGAGAAGAGGAAAAACUAACAUUUAACAUAAAUACAUUCUAUGUAUUUGAGGAAAAUUAUUCUAUCAUUAAUUUAAGUUUGGCAAACUAAUAAAAAAGAAUAGGUAAAACAGAUUUAAUUAAUAAAAUUUUUUAUAAACAAUAUAAAUUUGAAAUAUCAGACAACAAUUAUUUGAAUAAACAGACAAUUGACAUUAUGUAUGAUUUUGAAUUUAACGGAUCAAGAAAUUUAUCAGUUGCAGAUGCACAUGGGUUUAUUCCUUAUGAAAUUUUAGAUGAUAUCUUACCUCUGUUUAGGAUGUGGAUUAUUUAAUUAGAUACUGAGAGAGAAAUUAGAGAAACAAUUUAAAAUUUAAAAAAGUUGAAAUCUUUUAAAAGUAAAUAAAAUGUUAUUUGUUUAUUAAUUCGAAAUUCAAUAAGAGAUUUAGAUGAGUAAGAAACUGCAGAAUUAUUGUAUCAUAAUAUUUAAUAUAAGUAAGUUAUUAAUCUAUCAGAUAAUGAUCUAAAUAAUUAAAUGAAGUAAGCUGAAAUAGCAUAAGCAUCCAAAUUUUUAUUUGAUUUAAUCAAUAAAAAUAAUUCUUUCACAUUGAAAUAAGAUGAAUACAUAAAUUAAAUUUUUCACAUGGUUAAUUGUGUUUAGGAUUAAAAAAUUCAAAUUAAAUAAGUUCAAGAUCUAUUUAAAGAUAUUGAAAAAGAGUUGGGAAUUCAAAUGGAGCAUGUUGAUGGCUUUUAUAAUUAGAAUGCUUUUCCAUUAAGAAGCAUAGAAUGGUAAAUCAAAAAAGAGAAAGAUGAAUACUAAAAAAUUUAAAGGAUUCGCUAAGACAAAUAAACAUAAGAAAAACUCAAUUAAAUCACUUUAAAAAUAAAAUAAUUCCAAAAUUCCAUUAAUUUAUAGAAACCUACAUAACUUUUAAUUCAUUUUUGUAAUAUUUUUAAAAGAUCAAAUUACUAUAUAUUAUAUCUACAUUUUGUUGAUAAAAUUCGAAAAUUUAAUGAAAAAAAUACCUAUAAAUUAUAAAGAGAAAAUUAGAAACUAAAUGAAGAAAUAUAAAAAUUAAGAAGAGACAAGAAGAAUUUAUAAACUCAAAGAGAUAAUUCCAGAAGUUGUACUAUAAAUGAAUAGAUAAAUGAAAUUCAAACAUAAAUUGAUGAAUUAGUUGCUUAAUUGAAAUAGAAUUCUGAUAUUAUAUCAAAAAGGAAUAUUGGAAUAGAAUUAUUUUGGAGAGAAGUCAUAUCCUAAAGAGAGUAAUGUUAACAAUCAGAUAUUGAUUUUGAUCCCUCUUAAAUUGUUAAAGAAAUGAUCUCUAAAGGAGAACCAUUUGAAUUCUUAGAUGGAGAUUCAUUAAAAAUCGAUUAACCAUUCUUAAAACAACUAAUAUCUAACUUUAAGGAGCAAGGAUAAGAAAGAAUUUUAGUAUUAAGUGUUUUAGGACCACAAAGUUCUGGCAAAUCAACAAUUUUAAACAAAAUAUUUGGAUGCCAUUUUUGGACAAGUGUUGGUAGAUGCACUAAAGGAAUAUAUUUGCAAUUAUUGAAAGUACAUAACAAAGCAUAUUUUAAUAAUUUAUUUGAUUACAUUAUUAUAUUGGAUACUGAAGGUCUUCAGAGCCCAAACUAAGAUGAUUCAGAAUUUGAUAAAAAAAUAGCACUUUUUGUAUUAUCAAUAAGCGAUAUUAUUCUAGUAAAUGUGAAAGGAGAUAUAACAAGGGAUUUCAGAGAAUUAGUUGAAAUGUGUGUAUAUACUCUUGGAUAAAUGAAAAGUUUUACAAGUACAAAAUUAAUUACUUGGUGUUUUAAUUAAAAUAAUGAUGUCAAUAAUCGUGAUCCGUUUAUAGCAUAAUUAUUGUCAAUAGCUACAAAUUUAAAUAAAGAAUUAAGCAAUUAAAAUUAGGAGAAUGAAUAAAUUGAUUAUAAUGAAAUUCUUGGAAUUACUGAAGAAAAUAUUAAGGUUUUAGGGUUUGCAUCAACUGAACAUUUGUGGAAAAAAAAUGAUAGUGAUGGUGUGUAUACAAAUUGGCGCCAGCUAAUUCUAAAUGGCACAUUCUCUUCAGAAGCUUAUGAAUAAGGAAUUCGAAUAAUUCAAGCAUAUGUAAAUAAGUUUGGAAAGGAGGACAAUUUAGAUGGAAGAGAAUAGAUGGAAAAUUUAAAAUGUUUUAUAGACAAAAUUGAAACAACCUGGAAAAGUAUUAUAACCUUACCUGAUUUACUUGAAUUUUCUUAGUUAAUAUAACAUUAACAAAAUCAAUUUAUGAGAAAGUAAUUUAUUGAAAUCAUAAACAAUUAUCCGUUUCCUACGAAAAUUUAAUUUAUUACGCAAAUCCAUGAAGCUAUAAAAGAGUAAAAUUAAGGCUUGUCUAUAGAUAUUUUAAAUGCUAUACUGGGAGAAUUUACUAUAUCAAUGAAUGCUUAAUUUGAUUAAAUUAACAAUGAAUUUUUAGAAAGGUUGACUUAAAUAAAAAAUGAACACAAAAUAUCAAAAAAGGUAAUCAGAAUAUAUGAAAAUAUGGUUAAAGCUAGAAUUGAUAGUGAAAGAUCAGGCAUCUCAUUGGCAAUGCUUUCAGAAAUUAGGAUUUAAGAAACAAGUUUUUAACAGAAAAUGGGUUUUAUAAAGAUUGACCAUUUUAUUCUAUAGUUAAUAGGAAAUGAAAAUCUGUUCAAAUAAUAUAAAGAGGAUGAACGUAAGAUUGAAACUAAGUUUAAGGAACUAUGGAAUGAAAUAUUAACAUAAGACAAAUAAAAAUAAGAUGAAAGUUUUAUGGGAUAUAGCGAUCAAUUGUUAAAAGUAAUUAAGGAAAAUUUUAAAAACUAUAUUUUGACAACAAAAAAUGAAAAUAGUUAUAAACAAUAAUACAUGGCAAAAUUGAAUAAAGAAAAACCUAAAUUUAAUGACUAUCUCCCAUCAUUAGAAAUAUUAAAACCGGAAUUAUAGACAGCUUAACUUAUGUAUAUAGCAAAUUCAAAUAAAAAUUAUUUGUUUUAUGAAAACUUUAACUAAAACAUUGAAAAGAAAAUAUCAAGAAGUUCACCUAAUUAAGUUUUAUCAAUCAAUUAAUUUUAUUCUAAUAAAGUUGAAAUCACAUAUCUGACAUUAGAAGAUUUCAAUAAAUAUAGAUAAAAAGACUUUUAAGUUGAUCUUGAAUCCUACUGCAGGUUAGGAAACAAAAUAGAUAAGUAUUCAUUUGCAACAUUUUUACAAAAUUUUUCUUUGUUUGGUUAUUAAAUAUCAAAAUAAGGAGCAGAAUAAUUAUUUACUUCUCAUAAAUAAUUUAGAUUUGAUAUAAAUAUGCUAAAUUCCUGCUUUUUACAUGGAGAAAGGUAGUAUUUCGGAGAUGCUUAAUACGAUUCAUCAAUCGAAAUGAUCUAAAAACAUUGUAAAAGCUUGACGAAUUAUUAUAAGAAACAUGUUAUAAUUACUGAUCUAUCCUAGAAUAACGAAAUAGAUAAUGCUAAAGCAAGGUUUAAUGAAAAAGAAUUUUUUUUAAUAUCAGUAAAAUCACAGGUGAUUGUAAAGUAAAAUACUGGAUCCUAAAUCAAUAAAAGUCGAGCUUAUAGUAUCUAAUAAUAAAACUAGGAAUAAAUUUUUAACUAUAUUUUAAAUAGAAAUUUAAACUCUCAAUAUGAAAAUAUUUUUAAGCAAAGUAUUGCUAGAUAUAUUGAAGAAUUAAUGAGUGAAAUAAACAAUGAGAGAUGGAAAAAAGUCUAUUGUGAAAUACAUCAAAUGAUACUUGAUGAAAUUAAAGAAAUGAAGGCAAAAUAAUUUAGUUACGGUUUAAUAAAAAGGAUUUUGUAAAAAAUAGAAGGGAAAAUAAAAGAUUUAAAUAUGUAAUUUUCAGAUUUUGGUGUUAUUUUGAAUGAUUUAGGAGAAAGAUGCAUAUAUUAUUAUGCCAUUUUUAGCAUUUGGAGAGUUUUGUGUUAUAAAUAAUAUAGAUCAUCUAAGAAAGCUUCAGAAUAGUUGAGUAUUUAAGAGGAAGUGCAAUAUCAGAAGUUUAAGGCUGAUAUCUAAUAAAAUAAAAAAGAACAAAGUAAAAUCAGAGGAUAAUCAUUAGCAGAGGAAAUUAUAAGUUAAACAAUUGCAAGAUUUCAGAGGUCAUACUGCGAAGAAGCUAAAUAAUUUUGGGCUGGAUUCAAUAAAGAGUCAAAUUAUGAUAUCAUAAAAUAACUAGAUAAAGAUAUUCUAGAAAGGUAUGAUAGAACUGUAACUGAUGAAUAGAGACUACAUUAUAUUAAAAAUCACACAGAUUAUGUUGAAAAAUAUGUGAAAGACAAUAUUAAUAAAUUAAAAGUGGAAAUUCAAACUAAAUUUACAAAGAAAUUAUAAAAGGAUCUGAAUUCUUAUCUUUAAAAAGUGGAUGCAAAUACAAAAUAUUUAUAUGAUAAUGUUGUUUCUCCUCUAUAAGCAAAGGACUACUUUGUAUAGUAGUAAAACCCUGAUGAAGCUCCAAAAUUAUUAUUUAAAAUUACUUUAGGUUGUCUUUAAGGAUAUGUAGAAUAGAAUUUAUUACAAACAAUAAAACCAGAUAAAAUUCAUGCGUUUCAAACUUAAGAUUUUCAUAUCUUUGAGUUGCCAUUAUGUUCAUCUAUUUAAAAGUCAGAUGAAGAAAUAUAAAUACUAUAUAAUUUUGUUUAAGCUUUUAAAUAAAGGAUUUUAUUGGGAAUUAAAAAUUCAGAUUCGAUUCAGGUUUAAUUAGAAACACUGAAAUUAUAAGAUGAUUUAGAUGCUUAAUAACUUAGACAAAUUGGUUGUUUGUAGUUUUGCCCACUUUGUAAAAGAAAGUGUGAUUAAGAAAUUGAUGAUAGUAACCAUAUACACUUAUGUUAAAAUGGUCAUUAAUUAAGAGGUAAUAUUUUAUUAAAAAAUAGGUAUGACUGGAGUCUUAAUUGGUAGUCAUCCUUCAUUAUAUACAUGUGAGGAAAUAUAGGAUGAUUUUUAAAUUUCAUUAUUAGAAACAUCAACAAUUAAAUAAUGGAAGGAUAUCAAAUAAAUUUAUAAUGGGUGGAUAUUUUCAUGUCUAAAUAAGGAUGAAUUAAAAAGUUAGAAGGAGAAAUUCAUGAAGAUUUGGAAUGAUAAUAUUGGGAGAAUGUUAUGCAUAAAAUUGACUGAGGAAAUUGGAAGAGAUGUCUUUUAUGUUCCAAAAUAAGAAGUUGAAUUAGGUGGAAAUUUAAAAACUGCCCAUUAUCUUCUGAUAUUAGAUGACUCUGGCUCAAUGGAAGGACGUCCUUUUUAAGCAGCUAAGUCAGGUUUGGUGGCUUUUCUUUACGAAAUCCAAAAAAAUCCUGAAUCUAGGGUUACUAUUAUUCUCUUUAAUCACAGUGCCCGAUGUGUAGUUGACUAUCAAAUCCCUGAUGCUUUGGGUUAAAGUUAGUAAAUACAAUACAGUGGAGGAGGAACUGAUUUUGAUGAACCCUUAAAAAUUGCCUUUGAUAAAAUUGCUAAAAAUCCAGAUUUCAACAAAUUUUGUUCGUAAAUAUUCAUAUAUAAAUAGCCAUUCUAUCUUUUUCUAUACUGAUGGAUAAGCAUAAUACCCUUCAAGGGCUUUAGAGAAAGUUAAAUAAUUCCCUUCAGAUUAGAGAGAAAAAAUAGAGUUAGUUGCUUGUUCUUAAGAAGAAAAUCCAACAACAUUGGUCCAAGUUGUUAAAUUUGGUAAAUAAUAUUUGGGUUCUGCUAAAAUAUAAGCUUCAAUGGAGCCUUAAAGGAUUGCAUAAGUUUGGAUUGAAGAGGUCAGCUAAUUAACCCAUUAAAUUAAAAAUUGUUGA